AGAUUAUGACAUGUCUGAUCAACAAGUUGUAAAACUACCUCGCACAGUUAGAGUUUGGAACUUUGUCAACUCGGGUCGAGGACUUCUUUCAUUUUGGGCUUUAAACUUUGUUGGUGCCAUCAGCACAGUUAUUUACUUAAAAGUGCGAUACACUGGUCUGCGACGUAAAACUGUCAGAGAGAAGAUCAUUGCACGUCGUCUUGCUGUAAUUAGUUAACUGACUGAUAUGAAGAUUAAGAAAGAAAAGAAACACCUGAGGUACACACCACCGCCACAGUUCAAACCAACACAGAAACCUUCUAACCUGGAAAAUAAAGAGUUGUGGCUCGUUCAGAUUCCACCUGGGGUAAAAGCAGAGUCCCUCAAUGGCACGAAGUUCAAGCUGAAAAACAAUAAAGUGAUAUCUCUGAAUGAGAACACAGAGAUGUUUAUACACAAGAAGAGCUCUGGUCACGUGGUGUCCGCUGACAAGUCAGUUCCACUGCAGGGACAGAUCACUCUCCGACACAAGAUUGAGAUUCCCAUUCUUAAUAAACCUGUGGAAAUGCCAGUCGCUGAACAGUUACCAACAGAUCUGAAGUACAGGCUGUCCAGGCUACCUCAACCACAGAUUAAAGAAGAGAUUAGUUAAAACAUGUUAGAUUUACUAGAGGAUACCCAGUGUGACCCCUGGUAAUUUCGUUUCGAACAACUAAAUUUAUCAUUCCAAAACCUGACCCUUUUAAGUAGAUAUAAUAUAUUAAUUCAACUAGAUUAGGAUUUGAUGCUAACUUUGCCCUUUUAGAUGAGGGUUUUUCAUAAAUUAUUAAUUUAUUGGUUUUGUAUCUUUACAUCUUUAUUAAAGAUCCGUGCCCACCCCUAUCUUUAAGAUAUAUUUGUUGAAAAAUUUGAUAAGAAAUGUGUCAAACAAAUUUUUGUGUGCGAUAUGUUUUGAAAGUGAUGAUAACAUAUUAAUGUAUAUGUUAUAACUACAUAAUAUUACAUUGUGACUGAAUAAAUUACCAAUUAAUUAACCAAUUACCAAUUAAUUUUUACUAAUUACCAAUCAUAUAACUAAUUACCAAUUAAUUAACUAAUUACUAAUUAAUUAACUACAUUAGGUGGGUAUGGACACCCUACUCCAGGAAUCCUUCCCAGAGUUGGACCCCUGUAUUCAGGAGUACCUCCUGGGCAUGCUUGAUGAUGACACUACAGUAGAGGAUUUAACAUCAUCAGAUGACCUGUUCGACCUGAUUGGGCCGUUUAUUUUGAACGGUUGUUCAGAUGUGAAAGAGGGAAAAGUAAUGAAGCUGUGUGCGGCAAUGUAUGACACCCUCAACAUACCCACCUCCAACAGUCAGCAGACCAUUCUCAGCGCUCCAAUUCAGAUUUCUAACAUGACCAUCGCCGACACCAGCCAGCUGAGCGGGAACAUCUGGAAGGCCACAAAAGGAGAAAACUCAACAAUUGUGAACAAACAGAAACUGGAGAAGGCAGAAGCUAAGCAGCGGGAGAAAGCGGAGAAGAAACUGUUUAAUGAAGCAAACAAGAAACCACCUCCUAAAGCUGUGCACAACGACUCAGGAACAGUGCAGCAGGCAGUAAACAAGAAGGACCAGUAUCUGACGGCUAAAAGUGAUAUCCACAUUAACAACUUUGAUCUCAUGUAUGGAGAGAAGAAACUGCUCAUGGAUGCCAGUCUUACAAUCAAUUACGGACACAGGUACGGUUUGGUUGGAAGGAACGGUUACGGAAAGUCUACACUGAUGAACGCAAUAGCAAAGAGAGAACUGGCAGUACCUCCUGCUGUUUCUUUGUUACAUGUAGCUCAGGAAGUGGAGGUUUACAGAGGGUAG